AUACCACUGGGCCUGUUUCAUUGCAUCCUGCAGCAUCUUGAAAGUAGAGCUAAGAGCCAGAAUGGAGUAUCACCAUGCUUCAGAGAUGAACGGAGCGGUUGAAGACUACCUGAAAAUGUCCAAACACAAUGGUUGGUGCAGAGAUGAGAAGGAGUCCAAGAAUGCUGCAGAUGAGGACAAGCUGCCUCACAUUGAGAAAGCCUAUACCACACUCUCAUAGCCAUGCAGUUCCUCACUAAAGGUUACAAAGAAACUGUCCAUGAUAUCUUGAACGAAGCCAUCUUUGAUGAAAACCAUGAAGAGAUGGUGAUUGUCAAGGACAUUGAUUUGUUCUCUCUCUGUGAACAUCACCUGGUGCCCUUCUUUGGCAAGGCUCAUAUAGCAUACCUCCCAAACAAGAAAGUUGUUGGACUUAGCAAGCUUGCAAGAAUUGUUGAGAUCUACAGCAGGCGGCUUCAAGUUCAGGAGCGUCUAACCAAACAGAUUGCUUCAGCCAUCUCUGAGGCGCUGGAGGCCUCUGGAGUGGCAGUGGUGAUUGAGGCCGUCCACAUGUGUAUGGUGAUGAGAGGUGUGCAGAAGAUGAACGCCAGUACUGUUACAAGUGUCAUGCUGGGAACAUUUCAUGAUGAUCCUAAGACCAGGGAGGAGUUCCUUUCCCUCAUAACGAGGAAGUGAAAAUAUUUUACCUCUACUGAGAUCAGUGCUUUGAUUGGUGGUGUUCAUAGUUGAGAUAAGAUUUUUGUUGUAUUAAGCUUUGUGAGGCAGAUGAAAGGUGCUAGACACUGUGUACAUGUACAAUGAUGCCAUCUUUCGUGAAAGCCAUGAAGAGACGGUGAUUGUCAAGGACACUGAUUUGUUCACUCCCUCUCUCUCCUGUCAUCUGGUGCCCUUCUUUAAUAACAUUAAUAAGUUAUUCAGAGUCCUGAAAAUGUCAUAUUUAUGUAUUAUCGAUGUUAACUUAAAUAUAGAAUUUUUUGCAAAUAUUGUUCUUCAUCACAAAACAAGUCUAAACAUUGACAGGUUUGUCUCUCAGAUGAAAGGUGCUAAAUACUGUGUUAAUGUAAAAAUGUUUUUAAGAUAAAACUAAAUGUCACUCUAAGUUUUCUGUAUGUUGAUUUUUUUAAAAUAUAUAUUUCAUAAUACAGCAGAUGGUAUUGAAUGAAAGCAUGUGAUAUUAAGGCAUGCAAAAUAGUUUAACACUGUUUUGGGUGCAUGGUUCCCAAUAAUCUUGUUCAUUAUUGAAAUUACAUUUUAUAAAGACGACUAGAAGCAUGCACACUGUGAUAAACCAAGAACUGAUACCUUUAAUUCGAAAUAACCAAAUUAUGUAUUAGUACUGUAUACUAUACUAAUACUAACUGUGUGUUUUAUUACUUCUGACUGUCAGCAUAAAUACUCACCGGACUGACAAAUA